AAUUAAUCCUCUAGUUGUUCUUCUCCCUGAUAAAGAAGAACAAUAUUAAUAUUAUGAUGAACGUGACUAGGGACGGAUAUUACAGUUCGCAAUACCUAGACGAGGAGGCCCAACGUAAUCGUGACAGAUAUUAUGAUGAUGAGGAAGGAUCUCUGACCUAUAGUGAUGUUGGGUAUGACCAGGUAAGCUCACAGAACCGAGACGGGUUCAUUUCAGCAGCCGUUGGUGGGUCCAGGACCGUGUCCAGUAGCACGAGCACCCCAAGAGUUUUACUGGGGAAAACAUUUAGAGAGAUUGAAGAUGGUGGUGAGUCCAGUACAGAAGCAGGAGGAUCUUCCACACGAGAAAUUGUAGUAACUGAACAUCCUGACCUCAAAGCCGAGCUUACGCCGGCUCAGUUGAAUUACCUCCAGAAAAACAAUACCCAUCGGUUACCGAGCCGUGGGGCUAGAAGGUAUGCAGAUGACGGGGAAAAUGCUGCUUACAAGCAAUAUGUUCAACAUGGGAAUUCAUGGGUGAUUGCUGGUGGUAACCCCGCAGGUUAUAAGGGAUAUGGAAGACAUCCUGGAGACUCUGGUUAUCGGUAUGAGUCUCGUGGCCCAUCCAAUUAUUAUCGUACUCCACGAUACGAAUCGCGAUCAAGACGAUACCCACCUUCUCCACCAGGUCAGAGUCCAUUCAUCACCAGUCAAUACAAUGAUGAAGUGAGGACGGAAUCUUCAUCAGAGGAAGAUUCGGCGUAUGAAGGUGGUUUCAAUGAUCAUUCUGGAUAUAGGUCAAUGCCCGCAAGUCCGGCGGGGCGUAAGAAAUGGGGCCUUUGGACUAAACCAAAAAGACCACAAGAUGAUGAAUAUUAUAUCAAACAACAGGAAAGAUAUGACCAAUCUGAUUUCAAACCAAAACUUUACACUCAUAAAACUUUCAGAGAAGUAUUUGAAGAUGAAAAGACAGAAGAAAAGGAAACCAAAUACAGCCCCAUUGAAUUUGUGUUUGAUCCUCCUACCAGUGAAACAAACCCACAGUCUCCAACAUUGAAAGGGGUAUUGAAGAAAGUUAGAAGAAAGGAUGAUUAUAAUGAUUACGAUUAUUAUGACGAGAAGAAGAUAAAGGAGAGUGAACUUCGAGCUGAAAUAGAAGCAAAGGCUGACCGAGAGAAAAGACGCAAGAGAAGACAACGUGAUAGAGAAAGAGAGGAAGCACUCAAGCGAAAGGCGGCAAACCCCAAAGGUGGGUUCUUCCUGUUUGGAAGAAAUACACAAACGGCACAACCAAAGGACAAGAUAGUGGAGAUUCAUUCAGAGGAUGAGUCCGCUCCGGUAAUAGUUGAAGAAGGACAGGUGGAGAAACGAGUUGUAUCCCCUAAGUCGAUUAAAUCAAAUAAGACAGCAAAGUCUGAAGCCACUUCCAAGAAGUCAGCUGUUCUGGCAGAAACUUCUUCAACUUCAGGUCCACAAUUCCACCCAGCAUGGGAAUAUGUUCUCUCGUGGUUGGUUUAUUCUCCACCCGAGGAGCCUGAACCUACUCCAGCACCGCAAUCAACGAAAUCUAUCAAGACCUUACCUUCAACUAUGAAAAAAGCUGCAGUUCGAAUGGUCACACCUGAAAGUAAACCAACACCUCUACCAACAGGAUCCAAACAAGUAGUCACUCUUGGACCAGCAGCCACGACACGUAAAAAGUAUCGUAACCUCAAAUCCAACACCAAGCAAAAGUGGAAUGCCACUAAGAAUACUUGGCAAUGGGCACAACAACCAGCACUGGGAUUAUUUGGUAAGGAGUACGAACCUCGCAAUAUUCCUAGUGACCAAUAUCUGACAGUACUGUUACCAAAAUCCAAAUCAACGACAGGAAGAACCGUUGAAUUUGAUGAAAAUCUUCAAGAAUUUGUAGUUGAAGUCGAUGAUUUUGACACCACUGAUCUGGAAGGUGGUCUGGUAGAUCAAGAGCUUUACUAUAAUCCGGAAACUCGUCAAUUGGAAAGAACACCUCCUACAUCUUAUGGGCUGAUGUCUAUCCCGACUGUCACAACCACACCCACGAAGGUCAUUCUGAACAUUGCGUCUGCAAUCAAGAACAUUAACAUUAUGAGGAUCAUAUUCUCUCCUAUAGAUGCCAUUGCAGAGCAGUUCCCUGCACUUCAAUCGGUAGUACUUGUAUUAGAAUUGGCAAUUUUUGUUUGGAUUUUGUAUGAGUUGAGUCGGUUAGUUGACGCUUUGUGUAUGAUGGUUAAGGCUAUUUGCGCACCCAUGAUUGCCAUUGGGAGAUUUAUGAACAGAGUUACUUGAAGAUAAAUAAGCAGAGAAACUUUCUAUGUACAGAUAUACUA